AUGACCCUGAAACACCUUUUGGGUUGUCAGUCAGUCAUGGCUGACAUGGAUGGGCCGCUGUCUGCUAGUCAUUUCCCUUUUUACACUGGUCUGUGUAUUGGCAUUAGUCACAUGACCAUAAGCCACUAUCAGAAAAAGAGCAGGACUCAUUCUGCUUUGAAGCUUCCACUGGUUGGUACUGGUAAAGAGGGGCAGCCCAAAGAGUACUAUACCUUGGACUCUAUCUUGUUCUUGCUCAACAAUGUGCACCUGCCGCAUCCAUCCUAUGUGCGAAGAGCUGCAACAGAGAACAUCCGUGCUGUCAGACGACCUGAUCGAAAGGGCUUGCUUACAUAUCUUAAUGGCGAGAGCUCCACGUCAACGAGCAUCGACAGAAGUGCGCCCAUAGAAAUAGGUCUGCAAAGGCCAACACAAGUCAAAAGAGCAGCUGAUGAUGAGGCAUCUUCUGAAGCCAAAAAAAACAAGAGUUGAGGAUGAGGAACGUGUGCGUCUGGCUGCCCGUCUGGAGGACCAUAAAGAAGGCAAUGUGCAAAGCUGGUGAUGUGUGGGCUGACUUACAUUGGAAAGUCCAUCGAAGAAGACCAGGGUUUGCUGACCAUCUCUGGCUUCAACCUUGGAGCUUUCAGUGUCAUUCGUAAUUUGGCCCAAGAUCUCGUCUGAUAAGAUUUCGGGGACUUUUCCUGAGUAAUGUAAUGAGUGUAGAAUAUAAAGGCCAAUUCAACAUUUAUAGCAAGAGGUUGGCAGGUUAAGAGGAACAAUGCAAGAGUCACAGUUUUAGGGUGUUUGCAACUGUAGGUUUACUUCA